UUUCCGCCCGGUGCGUGAGCUGUGUGCGGGCAGUUGGGAGAGAUAGGGCUCCGGAGGCGGCGGCCAUGGCGCGGAGCUCGCUCUCCUCGCGCUUCCGGCGCCUCGACAUCGACCAGUUCGACGAGAACCGCUUCGUGGAGGAGCCCGACGGGGCCGAGGCCGGGAGCGGGGCCGGCGGCGGGGCCGAGAGCGAGGGAGGAGGAGAAGGAGGAGGGCCCGGCCCGGAGGUGGAGGCGGCGCUGCGGCAAGGGGAUAUGCUAAGAGCAUUCCACGCCGCGUUGCAGAAUUCCCUGGUUAAUACCAAGAACCAAGCUGCGAAGGAGCGGGCUCAGGAAAUGGUGCUGAGGGUCCUGACCUCUUUCAAAGGGAGUGAGAUCGAGCAAGCGGUGAACUCCUUAGACAGCAACGGUAUUGACUUGUUAAUGAAGUACAUAUAUAAAGGAUUUGAAAAGCCCACGGAAAAUAGCAGUGCAAUACUACUUCAGUGGCACGAAAAGGCGUUAGCAGUAGGUGGACUAGGAUCCAUAGUCAGAGUUCUUACUGCACGAAAAACUGUUUAAAAA